AUGGCUGACAUGUCAGGGAAUGCGCUGAAGCGCCCUCAUCCGGAGGAUGCAGACGACAACUCACAGAAGCGGACCCGCUCCAACAAUGGGUCCCCAGCACCAGGUCAGGGAGGGCCUGUCCCGGCUAAGCCAGAUAUCGCCAAAAUGGUUGCCGAAGCCAGAGCCAAGGCAGAUGCUGUGCGCGCCCGUCUACAAGCUGCGCGCGGUGGCGCGACGGCACCACCACCACCACCACCCGCGACUGGAUCUGCAAGUCCUGCUCCGCCAGCACCCUCGCCCGCGAUGUCGAAACUCGAACAGAUGAAGGCUAGAGUUGCUGCAGCUACUCAAAGAGCUAGUGCACCAUCUCAACCCCGACCAGCUGCACCAACACCAGCCUAUCAGCCUCCGACCCGCGACGAGGAAGGCAUGAGCAAAGGUCGUGGCGGUCUCGAUGUCGGCCUGCACCCUGCGCUUCUUUCUGAUGCCACAUCUGAUUUCCGUAGUGGAAAGGCAAAACAGGUCAAGCCCAAACGGGCGGGCGGGCCCCAGCUUGACCUGUCUGGCCCAUCUGUGGAGGAUAUCAAAAACAACCCAUACUUCGAUCCAAGCCUCAACCCCAAGGCAACUGUGGCCAAACCAAGACAGUCUCGCCAACUUCUAUUCAAUGAGAAAGGGAAAUACAUUCAACAGGCAGCGGCCCUGCGCCGGCAGGCCCAAUUGGAGGCUAUGAAGAAGAAAAUUGCCGACAAAGCACGACAGGCAGGUCUUGAUGAAGAAAUGGACGUUGAAAAAUCUUUCUUGGUCUCUGCUCCACCAGCCAUUGAGUGGUGGGAUGAUGGUAUCAUUAGUGGCGGUGACUACUCUGCAAUGGAGGACCAAAAGAACAUCAAAAUCGAUACCCCCGACACUAUUAUCACUCCCUAUAUCCAGCACCCUGUCCAGCUAGAACCUCCGCAAGAAAAGCAUGUUCCCGCUCAAAAGGCCAUGUACCUGACUCCCAAGGAGCAGGCGAAGAUCCGUCGGCAGCGGCGUGCGGCAGACCUCAAGGAGGAGCAAGCCAAGAUUCGACUGGGUCUUGUGGAAGCGCCUGCUCCCAAGGUCAAGAAAUCCAAUCUCAUGCGAGUCCUGGGAGAACAAGCUGUGAAGGAUCCCACGGCCGUGGAAGCGCGUGUCACUAGGGAGAUCGCAGAUCGCAAGGAUGCGCACGAGCAUGCAAAUGAAGAGCGCAAGCUGACAAAGGAGCAACGACGUGAGAAGUUAGCAGCCCAGCAGGAGAAGGAUGCUUCCUUGGGUAUCUUCCAGUCUGUGUACCGCAUUGACAGCUUGGCAAGCGGCCGGAACCGCUUCAAGAUUGGCAAGAAUGCAGAGCAAAAUAAUUUGACUGGAAUCUGUGUCAUGCAUCCCAAGAUCAAUCUUGUGGUUGUUGAGGGAGGCAAGCACUCAAUUAAUAGCUACCGCAAACUGAUGGUGAACCGCAUUGAUUGGACCGAAAACCCUGGGUCGGAUCGAGCUGCUGCUGAUAGCCCCGAAGCACAAGUGGCAUGGCUAUCCACACAAGACGAAAAGGGAGAGCCUCGUGAUUUCAGUCAGAACACAUGCCAUCUCAUCUGGGAGGGCCAAGCCAAGGGUAGAUCAUUCAAGAGAUGGUUUGGUGCCCGUGUCUGUGAAACGGACUCGGCAGCCAAAGAGGCUCUGUCCAGGGCAAAGAUGGAGAAUUUCUGGACUCUGGCGAAGAGUUUUAAGCCAGCUGAAUAUUAA